AUUUGAUGAAUAAACUUAUUUUGUUGUGUAUACUCACAAUAGGUCUAGUUUAAGCAGACCUUCCUGUUCAUUGUAUGAAACAUCAGAUCACUGGAAAGUGGAAGAUGGAAGUGAGCUAAACAAAACUCAAAGGAAUGGGUGCUGUUCCAUGCGGACAUCAUGUUCCAGAUUCAUAACAAUCAUCCUAUUAAGCUGGCUUUGAUGACUUUAAAGCAGCUGAUACUUUUGAAGUCAAUUUGAGCAAUGACUACAGUGUCCAAGAUAAGGACAGAAAGACAAGUGGAUAAUGGACAAUGGUUUAUGAUGAAGGAUUCGAAGUAGAACACAAUGGAGUUAAAUAUUUUGCAUUCUCUAAAUAUGCUCCAAAUGGAUCUGAUUACAAAUCUUAUUGUGGUGAGACUUUGAUUGGUUGGUAUAAUAAUUUAAAGACUGGAGAGAAGGGUUGUUAUAGAGCAAAGAAGACAGAUGGAGACAACGAAGCCACAGAUUCCUAUUAACUCAUAAGUGUGGUUUAGCCGGAAUUCAUUCAAAAAAGUACAAGACAUGGAGACAGGGUGAAAUUACAUAAGAAUUUCGACAAUCACAAGGAGGCAGUGGAUAAAUUGAACAGUAUUCCUAAGACAUGGAAGGCCAAGGCAUAUGACCAUUUUGAAGGAAUGUCUAUGAUGGAAUUAAAUAAGAUGGCAGGCAGAAGAAAGCACUUCUAGGGUAAAUCUAUUAAGAAGGCAUCUUUUACACAAAUAAAAAGUGGUGAUGUCUCUGGAUUACCGAAGCAAUUCAGUUUAGAAUAAUACCUUGAUCCUCCUAGACAAUAAAAGUAAUGUGGAUCUUGCUAUGCUAUAUCAACCAUGGAAAUGUUAUCAGCUAGAUUGAAGAUGAAAGGUGAGUAGGUGACACUAUCUCCUCAAUAUUCAGUGGAUUGUAAUUACUUCAAUUAGGGAUGUGAUGGUGGCUAUCCAUUUUUGGUUGAGAAAUUCGCAUCUGAAUAAUAUUUGGUUACAGAAGAAUAAUAUCCAUAUAAGGGUGAUGUGGGCACAUGUAAAAAGAUUGAUUUUUCAUAAUCAUCAAAAGUUUAUGGAGCAAAGAAUUAUAAAUAUAUCGGAGGAGGCUAUGGAUUAAGUAAUGAGAGAGAUAUUAUGAUGGAAUUGUAUACAAAUGGUCCAGUCAUUAUGAACUUCGAACCUUCAUAUGAUUUCAUGUAUUAUGAAAGUGGAAUUUAUCAUUCAGUUGCUGAACAUGAUUGGUCUACCUAAGAUCGUCCAGAAUGGGUAUGAAAUUUGUAAUAACCAAAGGAAAAAGUAGAUCAUUCAGUUUUGUGUUAUGGUUGGGGAGAAGAAGAUGGAGUUAAAUUCUGGUUAUUAUAGAAUAGUUGGGGCAGCCAAUGGGGAGAGAAUGGAAGUUUCAGGUAUCAAUAUCAAAUUAUCAUUAAUAGAAUGAAAAGAGGAGUCGAUGAAUCAGCUAUUGAGAGUAUGGCAGAAGCAGCUGACCCAGUGAUAUAUUCAAGAUCUAAUAGUGAAUUUAUUGAAUUGAAAAAGGAAUAAAAUCUUAGAAAGUAAUGAUACCUAUAUUUAAUAAUCAUAUAUAUAUAUAUAUUUGAU